AUGGUUGGUUCUACAAUCUGCACAUUGGAGGAGUUGUUUGACAUGGAAAACAACAUGGCUGGGAGGUCUCAACGGGUAUUAAAUCCCCCUCAGCCUCCAGGCCUGUGGCAUGAGCUUGUGGAUUUUAUGAGGGAAUCAGUUCUGCCUCAUCGAAACAAGUUGUUAUCGAGUAAUCAGCGUGGAACCAAGCGCUCGAUCUUGGUCUUCAAAUGCUGGUUUCUGAUCCUUUGCUGGUGUCAAAACUACCAUCUCAAGACGUUCAAGAAUGAUUUAAUAGCCGGUUUAACUCUGGCAAGCCUCUGUAUUCCCCAGAGCAUGGGAUAUGCUACUUUGACCCAUCUUGAACCACAAUAUGGCCUAUAUACAAGUAUCAUCCCGCCUCUUAUAUAUGCAAUGAUGGGGAGUUCAAGAGACUUGGUGAUUGGAGCAGUAGCCGUCGAUUCGCUGCUUUUAUCUUCAAUGAUUCUGGAAUCAUAUCCUGGAGUUGAUGCCAUCAAUUACAAAAAGAGUUUUUUUACUACAACUUUGUUUGCAGGAGUCUUUCAAACUGCCUGUGGAGUCUUCAGGUUGGGGUUUCUUGUGGAUUUUCUGUCCCAUGCUGCUAUCAUUGGGUUCGUGGCAGGUGCAACCAUUAUCAUUGAUCUUCAACAGCUACAGGGAUUAUUUGGGAUCAAGCACUUUACCAACAAAACUGAUUCUACAUAG